CUUUGUCCGCCCCGCCUGCAAAAUAUUUGACUCUUUUCCUGAAACGGCUUGUUUGGGAGAUAGGUGAGUCCGCCCGGGUCUCGGGCCGGGGCAUUGAUCGGGUCUGACAGACAUGAAAGAACAUUAUCUCCCUCUGCUUUUACUAACUGGAAUUCUGUUUCCUGCAAAUGCGGUCAAGUUCUCAAUCGUUGGUCCAGGCCGGCCGGUUGUAGGAGUCGUGGGCGGAACAGUGACACUGGAAUGUCACCUUGAGCCCAAGGAACCGAUCGACAAGAUGACCGUCCGGUGGCUAAAGUCGGACCUCGACUUUGCGGUUCACAUGUUCAGGAACGGCAAGGACGAGACCAACACUCAAGACGAUGACUACAGAGGUCGGACCGAGCUGUUCAAGGACCAAAUGGUGGAAGGAAACGCAUCCCUCAGAAUAAAGGACAUCAGAGUUACCGAUGAGGGGAACUACAUUUGCUCCGUUGACAAUGGGGUUGUCUUUGAAGAAACUCCUAUUGACUUGAAAGUUGGAGGUUUGGGUCAUGACCACUGGAUCUACAUCAGAGGAUAUGAGAAAAGUGGAAUUCAACUUGUCUGCGAGUCUACUGGCUGGUAUCCUGCACCAUCGAUACAAUGGAUUGGUGGCGAGAAAGAGAAUUUAACUUCCAAAUCUGAGAUAAAUUUCCAGCAGGAUUCUAAACAACUUCUAAACGCCCAGAGCAAAGUAACUGUAUCGCAAGGUUCGACAAACAAGUUCAGAUGUAUUUUAUGGAACCGAGUAUUGGAAAAAGACCAGGAGGCCAUUAUUGAGAUCGCAGAUGUCUUCUUCCCAGUUGUUUCAGGAUGGCUGGUGUUCCUAUGCGUGGCACUUUGUCUCCUGUUGAUCGCGCUUGGUUUAGCCAUUUAUUGGACUGUAAGGAGACGUAAUCACUUGAAAGAUCUAGAAAAAGACAAGUCAGUCCAACAAUACGACAAGUGGGAACCCCUCGUUAAAUCCGAUUGGGAGAUCAUGUAUGAAAAUAAAGUCUCCAUACAGCUCGAAAUUGAAGCAGGGGUCACCCAGCUGACGGUGUCUAAGGAUGGGAAGAGCGUGACUGCGAAGGAGAUGGAGAAGAAUCCUCCCAAUAAUUACGCCAUGGUUAAAGCCUCGGAAUGGGCGCGGGGAACCGAGGGAUUCUCCUCGGGGAAAAAGUACUGGGAAGUGGAGGUGGCGGGGAAUCGCAAGUGGACGCUGGGAGUUGUGGCGGGGACAGUGAACAACGCAGGAGACCUUGAAAUUAAACAUGACUGGACCAUCGGGCAAUCUGAGAAGAAAAUCCAAGCGAACCUUGCCAAGCCCUUGGACAUCACCUAUCACGAGUUUCCCAGUAAGAUUGGAGUUUACCUCGAUUACGACAGUCGGGUCGUUUCAUUUUUCAUUGCAAACAGUAAAUCUUUUCUCCACACAUUCACUGAGUGCGAGUUCACCGAGAAGGUCUACCCAUAUUUCCGCACGUCCCAUGCCAACAAAAUGUUGAAAAUCUGCCCCUUGGAUUCGCCCGCCAAAGAUUCUUAACAAAGCAGUCUUAACUCAGCAUGGCUGAGUGGCGGCAUGGCUUAAAUGUUUCACCACUGCCAAUUCUUCACUUUACUGCCAAAUAUCUUCCUUAAAUGCUUUAAUGAACGAAUGAAUGAAAACUCUAUUGUCACAAAAAUGCUGGAGAAACCCAGCCUGGAGUCGAAAGAUGUACGUUAAGGUUCAAUAGAUUCACUUUAAGGUAAUUCAACAAAGAUUCAUCAGACAGUUACAAGUGAUGAGGGAGUGUUCAAAUAACUUAAAGUAACCCUCGCGUUCCCUCUCUUCCCGUCCCUCCCCCACCAGUCAUCGUACUAGUUUCACUGUCGUCCUGUUCAGUUUCACCCUCUGCAUAACUCAUUAUCAUCUACCCCACAGCCAACAAUUGACCAUUGUGGGCUCCACCUUUUCCCGAUCAUCAUUGCUUUUUGCAUAUUUUUUAUUCGUUUUUUUCUGCUAUAUUUAUCGUUUCCUUUUCCCC